GUUCGAUCGAGUAGAAGAUUUUGUGCGGGAAAUUUUCGAUCUUUCUUUCUUUUUUUUCUUCGAUUUCGAAUUUUUUUUUUUUUUUUUUGAAUUUGGGCACGAAAAGAAUGAGAGGGAAUAUGAAUAAGAGAAAAGGCUCCGAUUGGAAAACCUGCGUGGGAAUCGUGACGAUAUUCGGGGUGCUUUACGCGAAUGGAAUCGUGUCUGCACAGCGUGUAUACGAAAGAGUUACGCGUGAAAAUGCAAUGAGCAUCUACGAUACACUGUUAAAUUUUUCGAAAAUGGGAGAGAUUGGUGCAGCGGAAGAAUUGAAUCAAGAGAUAUCAAAAACGAGUAAAGAACGAUACAAACGAUUAUCGGACCAAAGACGAGCAGAACUAGAGACCUUGAUGGCGCUUUCCAAAAUGACGGAAAAAUCGAUAAACGAGAGCCUGGCAGAGCAAUUAAAAAUCAGCAAACAAUUGCAAUCAAAAAAGACCAACCACCAAAAGCGAUCGAUCUUCGACAUAAAUAUGAAGAAUCUGCAAAAACUUUUCAGAUUAUCGGGCAAAUUAGGAUACAAAGGAAACGCAGCGUAUCCAGUUAUCAGUUGAAACUAUGAAAAAUUACAAAUAAUAUUGGAAUGAAUUUAUUAUUUAUCAAAGAAGAUACAUCGAGUCAAAAAAGGAUGACCAGCAUGAAAACAAAGAAAUUUGAUGUAUCGUUGUGAAAAAUUAUCGGUGAAUCAUGAAUCAAUUUCAUUAAAAAUCAUCAUCAU